AUGGAUACACCGCCCGUGCCCAAACCUCGGAGCGCAUUCAUGCCCCAAACUGAGGGUGUAAAAAGACCUGUACCUUUACCACGAACAAAAGUGCCAAUAUCCAACGAUCGGGUAACAGCUUCUGACAUACUGCGUUCUAUAAGUUCUGUCUCUAAACAAAUAACAGAGGAUGUUGCUCUGAAAGUAAGUAGCUCAGCUAAAACAGCUAAUGAAAAAUUAGAAAAAUCAAUUAUCGAUGGCUCUAGGUUUGCCAAAGGGACACUUGAAAAAACAUUUACUACAUCCAGGGCUGUAAGAGAUACAGUCGCUAAAUCUGUAAUAGAAGGUACAAGAUCAGCUGGAUUAAAAUUGCGGCGAUCGAAAAGAAAUGAGAAUGUAACAGAUGCAGAUUCUCAAAGAUGUGUUUCUAUGCCAGUUGUAGAUGUUAGCUUGUUUGAUAAUAUACAAUUUCAUUCACCACUGUUAGAGCAAAAAAGAUUUAAUAUAGAAGGUGACAAUUCACAAAAUAACUUGCCAUCCUUACAUUUAAAUGCUUCUUAUUUAGAUGACUUAUCACUUUUCUCAAGUAAUUCUGAUUCUAAUCCAGAUACUAUAAGCAAUUUUUCCUGUGACAGUAAAGAUCAAGAGAAUAAUGAUCUUGGGACAAGUAUUGAUUGUGAGCCAACAACAUACGACACUCCAAAACCAUCAAGGCAAAAUAGUAUCAUCAGUAUCGCUUCAACACCAGAUGUACCAGAAAGGCGUAAGAAAAGAGAAAGCGCUGUGGAAUUAAUGAGACAAAAUUCUUUAUAUGAAAAUUGGACACUGCCAUCACAAAAGUCAAAUAAAUCUUGCAAUGAGACUAUGGAAAGAGCAAGCAAGAGUACUAUUUUUGAAUUCGAUCCUUUGAAUACAACUAAGGCAGUUACUAAAUAUGAAGGCGUUAGCAAUGAACUUCUCUUAUUAGAAUCUUUUUUAAUUGGAGAUACAUAUGGUACUAUAAUUUCAACAGACAGUACUGAGGAUAAUUUUGAUAUUAGUGAAAGCGAAUAUUUCAAUCCACCAACUCCUCCAGAGAGGUCUGAUAGUCUAUUUCCAAAUGAAUCUACAGAAGCUGCAACUGCAACAGCAGAGCCAGAGAAGGAUGCCAAUUCUAACUGGUAUGUUAGUAAUGUGGCCGAAAAUAAAGUUAUGUCAGAGGAAACAAAAACACCUAAUUCUGUCAUCCAAAGGUUUUCUAAUAUGUUGAAAUUAGAUGGUAAAAAAACUUAUAAGCAACAAGCUCAAAAAGUUGAAGUUGUUGAGAGGCCAACAGUUAAUAACUUAACUGUACUCUACUAUAGUGGAAUUUUAACAAAGAUUGUAUCUGGAGUUGUAGAGGACUUAUUUAAGAAUUCACAAUCACGAUACUGCAUCCUCUCUGACCAAAAGUUGCUGUGCUAUACAGAUCCAACAAAUUCCAUUUUAAAAGAAGCAUACACUUUAGAUAGCAUAAAUUCGUUGCAGAUUGUACUACCUCUUUCAUCAAGUACCACAAGUAAUUCAUAUUGCUUCGAGAUAUCCGUGUCAACGAGCGGAGUUCGCAGCAGCCCUCGUAAAAUACUGUUCAGUUGUUCAAGCGCAUCUGAAAGACGCAAUUGGGCUCAGAAGAUUGCUGAACAUCUAACUUCGGCAUUUCCAACUAAAUAUACAGCAGAAUACACUAGAUGUGGAUGGUGUUACCUUAAGGAAGGCGUGAGCGGGGAAUGGCGCGGAGCGUGGCUGAUGUUGAUUCGCCGUGUUCUGGUCUACUGCUCCAGCACUGAGUCGGGCGUGUGCACUGUAGACUUGAGGAAGACUAGAUGCGUCGUUAUGCAAGCGGCGGAUGACGAAACGAAACAGGCGUGUCCGUCGGAUGGUAGCGGUAAUUUGCUGCUGGACUGCCCUCAUGCUACUUUAUAUUUACAUUUUCCACAUGAAAGAGAAUUAAAGGGCUGGAGGUAUAUGAUAAAACUGGCAGCACACAACAAUGGCGCUCACAUUCACCACCAACAACUGACAAAAGAGGACAUCCCUACUGUUGUGGACAAGUGUAUAAGCUUCAUUUACGCGCAUGGUAGCUUAUCAGAGGGCAUUUACCGUCGUGCGGGAAGUAGUGUCGUGCUUACCGAGUUGCUGGCACGAUUCCGUCGGGACGCAUGGUCCGUGCAACUGAGUCCUGGUCAGCAUUCCGAGCACGAUGUCGCCGGGGUGCUCAAGCGAUUCUUUCGUGAUCUGCCCGAAUCUCUUGUGCCACAAGAUCGUCAUCAAGCACUUAUAUCUGCCCUAGAUAUCAAAGACGAAGCAGCCCGUCACGCGGAAUACCGACGCACACUUAACUCGCUGGGAGUAGUGGCACGUAACACGGCACGAAAAUUAUUCGCACAUCUCCACUUCCUCCAGAGCAUGUCUCACGCCAACAAGAUGAGUGCGGAAAAUCUUGCCUCAGUAUGGGCGCCCACCAUCAUGCCUGCUGCUUUGACGAGCAACACGCUGCAAACGGCGUGGUCGUCGAAGGAGGUUUACGUGGUGCGCGAUCUGAUCGCGAGCUACGAGGUGGUGUGGAAGCCAACGGAGGCCGAGAAGCGACGCGAGGCGGCCGUGCGGCGCGUGCUGACGCGCGUGCUCGCCUCAGCAGCGCCAGCGGCUCCACGGGCGGCUGGUGAUCUACGCGCCUGGGUCUAUGUUCACGAUCGCACCAACUGUUACCAAGUCACCUUGACUCCGAACAAAACCAGCGCUGACGUAUGUAUCGAGCUCUGCGAGAAAGCCAACAUGGAGUCCCAUUUGCUAAUGCUCGAGGAAAUCAUAUGCAACGAUUCCAUGCGUCGAAUCGUUCACUUGGACGAGAUUGUAUUUGACGUUGUCCUACGUUGGGGAUACUGGGACGAGGAAGACAGGAAGGACAAUUAUCUCCUAGUGAGGGAGAACAAGAUCCUCCACGAGAUAGACGCGCUAAGAAACACCACGUCUCUCAUUUGUGGGGAACUGCGCUUGGCCAACGAGUCUUCAAAAGCAUUCAAGUUGCAUAUGUUUGAAUUUAAUAAAACGAAGCUUUGCUAUUUCAAGGAUAAACAAGGCUCCCACAAGAUUGAGGAGUGGGAUGUAAAAGAUAUACUGUGGUACAUCGGCCACGAACCCAAAAGGAUCCCGCAGUCUCGAUGGUCAAUCACCUUUAUACCAAGGAAUAAUAAACCUAAACGGAGCAAAGAGCGUCCGUGGUUCGGCUGCACAAUCGCUGGAGCAGUGACGGACGAUCAGCUGAAGUGGAUGGCGGCCAUGACGUUCGCCGAACACUCCAACGUGUUGCCAACACCCCGACUCGUUAUCACUUAA